CCCCCCACGACAUCACCGCAAGAGAACAUUUCACCAUGGGCGGCGGAGGAAAGAUUCCGUAUCCAAAGCACGUCUGGUCACCAGCUGGUGGUUGGUACUCGCAACCAUCCAACUGGAAGUCCAAUACUGCAGUCAUGGGCGCUGUCAUCUUCGGCAUAACGGCAUUGUGCUGGAGUGUCAGUGCUGAUCGAGAGUACCGCGACAAGAUGCCAGAGCAGGGCAGAUUCUUCCCCAGCCGAUAUUGGAGCAGACAAAUCGUCGAAUACGAACGAAAAGUAAAGGAGAAGGAAUCAAGGGAAGGAUAGGAUGGGGUGACAUAUGGCCAUGACGAGUUGAUUGUGGGUCCUUGUGGUGCACUCUGGAUGCACACUAAGGCUGUACAUAUUUCUCCAGCUGCACUCUGAAAUCUGAAAGCCUUUCCUCGACA